AUGGUAGUAACAACAGUAAUGCCCAACAUCAAUAUUGGUACCAAAGUGCCAGACACUCUUACUAAGGUACAAGGUGUCAAAACUACUACUUCUGAGUCGCCAGUGGACUUGGUCGCCCUGUUCCAGGACAGGUACAACCAAUUCUUGGACACCAAACAUGCCGACAAGAGAUUCAAUCAGUUCCUGGCACGUGAUGAGCAACGUCUGAAGAUCACUCUCCGUCUGCUGCGCGACAUGCAGGAGAUUGAUUGCUGUCUCUGGACUCCACACUCAAUCAAUAGGACCUUUGACCAGAUGGCCGACAGCCGCUACUACGACGUGUGUCUCAACUGGUUCGACGAAGUGUUUGACCGUGAAGAGCGCGCCCUGAUGGACAAUGUUCAUAUGAUGCACGACAUGAUCCAGCUGUCGAUUGGCUUCUGGGACGUCAGCUCGCUUACCGACUCCCAAAUCAUCUCUAUAUUUGCCGACCUGUUGUUGGUAUUUGUCGUCGACGACUACCAUGAGCAGUUGACCGCCUUCACCAUCAAGGUCAUCCGUAGCAACCAGUACGAGCAGACUGACGCCAACACAGUGCCCGAGCGUGUUACCCUCAAGCUGCUGCGAGAGCUGCAGCGCCACAGUGCCAAGGAGACAUUCGAAUAUAGCAAGAGCUACUUCUUUGAGUGGCUGCACAUGUCCGAGUUUGAGGAGAGCAUCUGCAGGAUACCAACCAACAGUGCCGAUGUCUACUACCGUGGCCGCACAUCAUGGGCUGGCGCCUGCACCAUCUAUGUGACAGCAUUCACCACAGAGCAGAUCAAGGAAUGGGUCGACCACAACAUGCGUCAUCCAGAGUUCUCGGACAUGGUCACACAUCAAGGUACCUUCAUUGGCAUUUUGAACGAUGUGUUCUCGAGGAAGAAAGAGAUGCACGAGGCCAUCAAUAUGAACGCCUAUCGUGUGGUGGACAACGAUGAGGACGUCUACAACUAUUUGUUGUCUCGUGUCAAGCAUUUGGCACGUCUUUGCCAGAGUCUUGAUCCAGCCAGUGUUCAACGUUUCAGUGACUGUCUAAUGGGUGGCAUCGUAUGGCACACAAUCUGUCUGCGCUACAGCCAUCUCGAAGUUCAAGGGAGGGGAUAUUGGCAGACAUCCCUUGCAAGGGAAGGUAUCGACUACACUCUAGGAGGGUGA